AAUGAAAUCAACGUUUUGUAGUAUUAUAUAUCACAAAUAUCAACUACUCUGAAACAAACCAUCACCACUAAAACCUUACCAUAGUUCCAAGAUGUCAAACACAAACACAACAACAACUCAAACUAAGACAUGGUUUUUCACACCUUUGGCAAUAAUUCUCCCGGUUAUUGUUGCAGCAGCGGUUCUCUAUCGGCUCGAUCCUUUCGAACCGGUUCAUCUGCCGGUCAACGAACUAAACCGAUCAUCUCCUUUAACAGCUCCUUUACGUAACGAUCACAUGCAAUUAGGAUCUGAAGAAGUUGCAAAGGGACAAGUUUUGGGACCUGAAGAUUUUGUAUAUGACGCUGUUAUGGGUGUAGUUUAUACUAGUUGUGAAGAUGGGUGGAUUAAACGUGUCACCGUGAAUGAAUCGGUGGCUGACUCGGUUGUUGAGAAUUGGAUCAACACCGGUGGAAGGCCCCUUGGGCUAGCUUUUGAUGGGAAUGGUGAUCUCAUAGUUGCUGAUGCAGAUAAGGGACUGUUAAGAGUAACAAGUGAAAAAGAAAUUGAGGUACUUGCAACUGAGAUUGAUGGCUUAAAAUUCAAAUUAACAGAUGGUGUUGAUAUAGCACAUGAUGGCACUAUUUAUUUCACUGAUGCUUCACAUAAAUACUCAGUCAAGGAUUCUCUCCUAGAUAUAAUGGAAGGGAACCCUAAUGGUAGGUUUUUGAGCUAUAAUCCAACAACAAAAAAGACAACACUAUUAGCCAGUGACCUCUAUUUUCCUAAUGGCGUUGCAGUCUCACCAGAUCAACAUUUUGUGGUGUUUUGUGAAACUGUCUUGAUGAAUUGCAAGAAAUAUUACAUAGAGGGUCCAAAAAAAGGAAGCAUUGAAAAGUUUUGUGACCUCCCUGGCAUGCCUGAUAACAUUCAUUAUGAUGGACAAGGACAUUAUUUAAUAGGAAUAGCCACGGCUUCUUCUCCUGAACUGGAUAUAUUACUUAAAUACCCCUUCAUUAGGAAGGUUUUGGCACUUAUCACAAAACAUGUAUCAAGUCUGAAUGUGGCAAAGAAUGGAGGAAUUAUCACUGUGGAUUUGGAAGGAAAACCAACUUCACACUAUUAUGAUCCCAAAUUAUCAUUGACCGCUGGGAUUAAGAUUGGGAAUCACAUAUAUUGUGGCUCUAUUCUAUACUCUUUUAUAAUACGUCUUGAUAUUGAAAAGUACCCUGCUCUCCCCCACAAUUAAUUAAACAAAAAAUAGAUUAUCAUAAGGUUAUAUUAUGGUAUACAAAUAGAUUUUAAGUUUCUGUAUAGACUCAUGGUGGUGUCAUCAAUGAAAUAUACCAUUGGUUGGGAACUGAUACUAUUCUGAGCAAUGUUGGAUGGACUCAUUUUGUAGCAUUUGGUGAUUUUCUAAAGCAUAGCAGGUUAAAGAAAGUGAAACAACUUAUUUGAUGUGCAACUACAUUGGUCCUUAAGAAACUAUGUUAUUUUUAGAGGAGCUUCAA